AUGAUUGCUGCUGCUGGGGACGGAUUCAUUCGUCCAGACCACGACUCGAUCAUUUGGCGUGGCCGAUUCACGUGGGCCAUGGAAUCAUAUAGCCCUCGUCACCUUCGCUAUACAGCUGUACGGGCUGUUUCAGACUCUCAACUGGCACUCGCUGACAUUGAUGCCAUACAAGACGAGAAUAUAUGCCAGAUACUCCUCACAAUAAUUUCCCCUGCUCUUCUGACGGCCAUUUGUCCUGCUCAUACUGCUAGACGUCAUGAAGAUGACGAACCCGAUGUCAACUUCAACUAUUGGCGACAUGAUGCUUACCUACGGCUCAUCAUGGCUCUUCCAACACGGAGUGGUUACUUGCCCGCCCCAUUCCUUCUCGCUGCAAUAUUUGGGCGAGUUCAUUCUUCGAAUCCAGACACAGCUGGAGCUGCGUUUGAGGCACUUACAACCGACCCGUUCCCGUUCCUGUUCCUUAUUACAUUGGACUCGAAGCUUUAUGAUGAAGCCGAAUGCAUCACCGCUUUCCUGGCUAUUGUCGAAUGUGUGGAACAGAAAGAUAUUUCAGCAGCUGACAUUAAGCAGAUUCGCAGGAAUGUCAGUCUAGUGAUGGAGGAGCCGAAGAGGCGAAACAAGUGUCCGGAAAUCGCGUCUCAUAUCCGGGACUAA